AUGAUGAACUCAGAAGCAAACCACAUUCUCAUAACGGGAGCCGCCGGCUUCAUUGGCCAGGAACUCACGACGGCCCUCCUCCUCUCAUCCCCCACGAUCCACCUCACAAUCACCGACGUAGUAACCCCGUCAAUCCCUCCGCAAUCCAUCGUCCCAGACGGCGCGUCACGCAUUACGGCCCUCCAGACAGACCUCACAUCCCCCGAUGCCGUCGCCGCGCUCCUCACGCACCACUCGCGGUUCAACGCAAUCUACCUCCUCCAUGGCAUCAUGUCCGGCGGCGCAGAGGCGGACCUCGACCUCGGGCUGCGCGUGAACCUGGACAGCCACCGGUACAUCCUCGACGCCCUCCGCCAGCCGACCUCGCCUCAUCGCGGGACUGUCGUGGUGUUCCCCAGUUCGCUCGCCGUGUACGGCCCAGUUGGGGGCCAGGUCGUCACCGAGACGACGUGUCCCACGCCGCAGUCUUCAUACGGUGCCGAGAAGCUCAUCAUCGAGACCUUGGUCGGGGACUACUCCCGCCGCGGGCUCCUAGACGGCAGGAUCGUCAGGCUGCCCACCAUCAUCGUCCGACCCGGAGCGCCCAGCGCCGCCGCGUCGUCGUUUGCGUCAGGCAUCGUGAGGGAGUCGCUCAAGGGGGAGAAUAACAUUCUGCCCGUGGGCCCGGAGCUGGCCAUGUGGGUGUGCUCGCCGAGGACGGUUGUUGCGAACCUAGUCGCUGUGAAGGACAUCCCGAAGGAGAACUUUGGGCUGUCGAGGGUGGUCAAUCUGCCGGGUAUCACCGUGACAGUGGCGGAUAUUUUGAACGCAUUGGAGGUUGUCGGGGGAAUGGAGGCUCGGGCCAGGGUGACAGAGGAGCGAAACCCGCAAAUCGAGGCUAUCGUGGGGAGUUGGCCGGCCCUGUUUGACGUUUCGAAGGCGCUUCAACUCGGGCUGGCCCAAGAUGCGGAUAUCGUAACCACAGUCAAGGACUUUGCUGAGCGGCUUCGGGCCGGGCUGUAG